AUGAUCAACUCGGAUCUCGAUGGAUUUGUUUCCAUUCAGGCAGUGGGAGGGGAGCAUCAUAUACUUAAAUUGCGUCACGCUUCUUAUAAUGUUGAGAAGCUAUUGAAUGCCCUGGAACUGAAGCAUGAUGAUGAUAAUAAACUUCAUAAUCUCGUUAUUUGUGGACUAUAUCGUCUGUAUGUGGAGAAUGCACAGAGGAAUGGAAAUAGGGUAACAUUGUGGGACAGGAGGUGGAGAAAGAAAUUAUGGGGUGGAGGAAGGAAUUCUGUACGAAGUGUAGACAGGGUUGUAAGAAGGCCUAAGUGGCUCACUCGAAGGGUCAAUAUGUAA